GUCUCUCAGACAGACUGACUGAUUAAUGUCUGUCAGUUGUCCACUGUUUGUCUUCAUCGUCAUCAUCCCCUGGAUCGCUGGACUGAAAUAAAGCUGCUUCUUUCUCCUCGGCAGUUCAGCUGUGGACUUACUGGUAGUUAUAGCGCAAUAUCUUUGAGAUGCGGCAGUUAGGAUUAAGGGGAGCGUUGCUGCUGUGUUGUGCAGCAAUAUGUGUGUCUGGAAUGACAAGGGAGUACUUCUUCAGGAUAGAGGAAGUGUCUUGGAACUACGCCCCAAGUGGAAUGAAUGUUAUUCAAAACCGCACACUGCAGGAGGAUGAAGAAGCCGCAGUCUUUUUACAAAGAGGCCCCCAGCGUAUCGGCUCCACGUACAAGAAGGCCGUGUAUAAGCAGUACAGCGACGCCACCUAUAGGAUGGAGGUGAUGAAGCCAGACUGGCUGGGCUACAUGGGACCCAUGCUGAUGGCCGAGCAGGGAGACACAGUGAUUGUCCACCUGAGAAACUCAGCAUCCAGACCUUACAGCAUCCACCCACAUGGACUGAACUACACCAAGGGCAAUGAGGGAGCCUUAUACCCAGAUGGUACUGGUCCAGAGUUGAAGCGUGACGACUCAGUGCCUCCCGGUGCAACAGUGAGAUAUGAAUGGACCCUCCCAGAGGACCACAGCCCAGCAGCGGAGGACAACAACUGUCUGACCAGAUUCUACCACUCCCACGUCUGUCCUCCGAAAGACAUCAACUCAGGACUGGUAGGACCCCUCAUCAUCUGUAAGAGAGGAACUCUGGACUUACACGGCGACAGAUCAGGAGACUAUCUGUAUGCUCUGCUGUUUAUGGUGUCAGAUGAGAACUUCAGCUGGUACCUCGAUGAAAACAUCAGGACGUACAUCACAAAUCCUGCCAGGGACCUGAAGGACGACGAAGACUUCAUUGAGAGCAACAAAAUGCACAGCAUAAAUGGCUUUCUGUAUGGUAACCUGCCUGGACUGAGCAUGUGCCAAGGCAACACGAUCCACUGGCAUUUAAUUACCUUAGGCAAUGAGGUGGACAUGCAUUCAGUUCACUUCCAUGGCCAAAUCCUGACCACACAGAACCACCACACAGACACAGUGAGUCUUUUCCCUGGAUCCAGCACUACUGCUGAAAUGGUGGCUGACAAUCCUGGACACUGGCUGCUGACAUGCACUGUCAAUGACCAUUUAACGGGUGGAAUGCAGGCUAUAUUUGAGAUCAAGAAAUGUUUCCCCAACGUCCAUAAACCCCGACCACAUGGUGAGCUCAGACAGUUCUUCAUUGCUGCUGAAGAAGAUGUCUGGGACUACGCUCCUACGCUGCCUAGUGACGGUGAAGCGGACAUGUUUGUAACUAGAGGUCCAAACCGUAUUGGAAGUCGCUAUAAGAAGGUUCGCUACGUGGAAUACACCGACAUCAGCUUCACAACCAAGAUGCUGCGCACCCCAGAGCAGCAGCACCUUGGAAUUCUGGGUCCUGUGAUGCGAGCUGAGGAAAGGGACACGCUCAGGGUGGUGUUCAAGAACAAAGCCAGUCGGCCUUACAGUAUACAACCACAUGGUGUUCAGUACAGUGUGGAACAGGAUGGGACACUCUAUCACAAUGAACUCGAAGAGUCCUAUACAGCAAAGAGGCUGAGGGAGCUAAAGAGGGAACCAAGAGUGGUGACCCCUCCCCCAGCUGCUCUGGUCAGACCUGGGACGGUGCACACCUAUGAGUGGACUGUACCAUUGGGUGCUGGUCCAGUACAGGGAGAGGCUGACUGUCUGACUUACCUGUACUACUCUGGAGUGGACUCGGUCAAAGACACCAGCUCUGGACUGGUCGGACCGCUACUUGUUUGUCGACCUGGAUCUCUAAAGAAAGGAGAACAGAAAAACUAUAACAAAGAGUUCCACCUCCUGGCCACAGUGUUUGAUGAGAACCUGAGCUGGUACCUGGAUGACAACAUUAGGACCUUCACCACUGCUCCCACCACUGUUAACAAGGAGGAUGAAGGCUUUAUGGAAAGCAACAAGAUGCACGCCAUCAAUGGGUUUGUGUAUAAUAACCUGCCAGGCCUGACCAUGUGUAAGGAGGAUAAAGUAGCGUGGCACCUGUCAGGACUGGGCUCAGAGACGGACAUCAACAGCCUUUACUUCCAGGGAAACCGUUUCCUCUACCGGCAGAACAGACGAGACUCCAUCAGCGUCUUCCCUCACAUCUCACACACCGUCACUAUGGAGCCAGACAGCAUGGGCCAGUUUGAGGUGGUGUCACCCACAGUGAAUCAUUAUCGUGGUGGGAUGAGAGCCAACUACACAGUGCAGAAGUGCAAGUUCUUUCAACAUCAGGGUGAGAUUAUGUUGCAUUCAAAAACCUACUACAUCGCUGCCAUGGAAACAGACUGGGACUACUCUCCAAACCGCACCUGGGAGGUCGAGAUGUUCCGCGAUCAGGAGAGUCCUGCUACUGUCUUCUUGGACAAGACGGGCGGGUUUAUCGGCUCCAGUUACAAGAAGGUGGUCUACCGCGAGUUCACCAAUGACAAAUUCACCAAGCAGGUGGAAAGGGGGGCCGACAUGGAACACCUCGGCAUUUUAGGUCCAAUGAUCCAUGCUGAUGUGGGAGACAAGGUGAAGGUGGUUUUCAAAAACAUGGCGUCCAGGCCUUAUUCCAUCCACGCCCACGGAGUUAAGACAGAGACCCCUGAUGUUUACCACACCAAACCAGGUGAGACUCACACCUACAACUGGUAUGUUACAAAGAACACAGGACCGACCACAGAGCAAGAGGAGUGCUCUGUUUCAGCAUACUACUCCACUGUUGAUGUUACCAAGGACAUGUACAGCGGUCUGAUUGGUCCAUUGGUGAUCUGUCGCCGUAGCUGGGCCAGGACUUUGGGUAUGAAGAAGGAAGUAGAGGAGUUUGCACUGCUUUUCCUGGUUUUCGAUGAGAACGAGAGCUGGUAUCUGGACGAAAAUAUUAGGACCCACAUCAGGAACCCUCGAACAAAUUUGAAGGAGGAUGAAAACUUUAUAGAGAGCAACAAGAUGCACGCUAUUAAUGGAUAUAUGUAUGGAAAUCUCAAUGGUUUGAACAUGGAGGUGGGGGAUAAGGUGUACUGGUACCUGAUGGGAAUGGGCAAUGAGGUGGACAUACACACUGCACACUGGCAUGGACACAGUGUGGAAUAUAAGCUGGGUGGAGGUCCUCAUCGUACAGAUGUCUAUGAGUUGUUUCCAGCCACCUUCCAGACAGUAAAGAUGCGUCCUCAGUAUCCUGGUAGCUGGCUGCUCCACUGUCACGUCACUGAUCACAUUAAAGGUGGCAUGGAGGCGAUGUACACUGUUACUGAAAAAGCAAAGAAGAGGGGAAUCUUUGGCUGAACCGUUCAGGAAAAUGGAUUCAGACAGAAAACAGCAGAGACCAAAUAGUUAGUUAAUUUCAGUCUCCUAAUUCACUGAACUCUUUUGAUUUGGAAAGCUGGCAUAAUUACAGUUUGGAAUAAAACAUCACAAACCAAGUCACUUUAUAUAAAAAUGUACAUUUUUAUCAUUAUCUUACUGCUUUGAUAUUUCCCAAAGACUACUGUAAAAUAAAAACAAAGAAACUGAAAACGUG